AUGAGAGAGCGAGUGCACAGGAAGAGGGAUGCUGAGCUUGAAGAUUCUGAUGAGGAGGGAGAGGAAGAAGUUCCCUUGCAGCUCCCCGAGGGCGACGUUGGGGAACAGCUCGAGUUCAUCCUGAAAGGUCUCAAUGGGGAGGGGAGGACGCUGAGCACUAGGCUGAAGAUACUCGAAGACGUUGUGAAGCAAGCUGCUCAUGCUUUCGAAGCCUCUGGGGAUGAAACUUCGAAGCAAGCGUCCUUGUUGAAAGCCUACUUCGACGGAUCACCAGAGGCAGCAGAGAUCUGUCGUCUGCUCGCUCCUGAGAAGAUGAAGGAGACGAAAAGGAUGCUGACCGUCUUGCGCUUGCUUUCUGCUAUGAUCUCAUGCCACAAGAUGUCUCUCCUCACACAAUAUGCGCGGAACAUCGCGACGAAACUUAUAAGGAAGCACCACCUCGCGUUGGUGGAGGCGAUGACAGGAAACAAGUUCCAGCUGUUUACGGAGUGCAUGCGGCUGCUGAGGUCAAUAUGCAGUAUCGGAAUCAUCCAGUGCAGAGACUGCUGGAAGAAAACCAACCCGCAGAUGAAGCAUCUGCUCAAGAUGAUGGAGACGUCCAAGACCAGCUCAAGGCAGGAGGCGGCGGAAAAGCCGCACAAGAGGGAAGCUAGAGGCGCCGUGAUCUCCUGGAUCGUCAAGAUGCUGCAAGUUGGAGACGUCGAGCUGAUGCAGGCGAUCAUCGGCACCUCCGGGCUCUUCACUUCCAUGUUUGCCCAUGUCGAAGGGGACGAACCAGCCGUCGUGCGGGAGUUGCUGGGUGCAGUUGACGAGAGGGUGCUGUCGAACAGAGACAUGGGGUUCUCUGCAGUCGCUCAGAUCUUCACGGCCAACAAUCUGGAGCAGCUAGCUUGCUUGCUCUCUCAGAAGCCUGGUGACGAGGAGCAGGAGAUGGUGCGGAAGGACGCCAGCAUCUUGCUGAAGAAGCUGUGCUGCGAUACGCUCUCAAGUCGCUCCUACACUGUUGCUCAGUCGAACGUCAAGCUGCUGAUCCCCUUCUUGACCAGCCUCAAGGUACUGGACGACAGCUCUCAGCUCGGGUUCGUGUGUGAGGUCUUGGCAAGGCAUCCCCACAUCCACCCGCACUACCUCCGAGCUUCCCCGUUCACCAUGUCGCCGGUCUUGUCGCUGAAGUUUCUGUCCAUGUCUGCUGCUCUCUUGAAGAUUCUCUCCAACAUCCCCGACGAUGAGCUCUGCCCUCUCUUCCUCAUCGGCCAUGACGCCCACCAGAUGUCUGCAUGGACGAACGCGAUGAGUGUGGCGGACUGGAUCGCACCCAGGCAGAUUUGCAAGGCGUUUCUCAGCCCCGGGCUGCAGCACUCGUCGUACCUGGUCAGGUUGUCGACGUGCCAUCUGCUCACCAGCAUCCUGCUGCGUCUGGAGUUCGUGUUCCGUCGGUCAGUGACAAGUGUAGUCAAACGAAUGCUGGUGCUGGUGCUGGUGCUGGUGCUGGUGCUGGUGCUGGUGCUGGUGCUGGUGCUGGUGCUGGUGCUGGUGCUGGUGCUGGUGCUGGUGCUGGUGCUGGUGCUGGUGCUGGUGCUGGUGCUGGUGCUGGUGCUGGUGCUGGUACUGGUGCUGGUACUGGUGCUGGUGCUGGUGCUGGUGCUGGUGCUGGUGCUCAAUAUGUACCUGAUCCAUUUCCCGGAGAGCAUUGCUGAGUCAAGAAUCGACCUGUCUAAGUUCCUCAGUGACAAGUUCCUCCUGUCUUCCUCCUCCUCUCUUCUCCACCUCCUCCACUGUCUCAACCACGCUCCUUCCGCGGGCGGCUCCUGGUUUGCGGCAAGCAACAAGGGGGAGAGGAGCAACUUCGGGAACUUGAUGAAGAUCGGAGGAUUGCGACUGGGAGGAGACAAGAAGUUCCUAGAGGGCAGUCUGAGCCCCCUCCUCCUCCAUGCCCUCAUGACGCUGGCAAGUGAAGAAACAGGAGGAGGAGGAGGAGCAGGAGGAGGAGAGCUGGUGAUGUUCAUUUCGCGCGUCUUCGUGGACAUCUUCCACGUCUCUCCUCGUCCAGACUUCAUCUUCUCGCGCCUUGUCAAGUUUGCUGGGAAGCAGCUGGAGGCGGGUACUCUUAGGUCGGUCUCUUCCUACUGCUCCAUCGUGCUUGGGAGGAGCGCUCUGCAAUGGGCAGGGGGAAAGGCAGGAGGAGGAGAAGACAAGGAGGCCGUGAUGAGGAUGAAGCAGCUGGUGGAGGAUGCUCUCAGGGGGGAGGUGGGGCAGGCAAGGUCCUCGCUUCCUCCUCUCCUUUCCGACUGCCCGAGCGCUGUCGUCAUUGACAUGCUCGUGCCCGCUGAGGACCUGAACCGCCUCCUCCGCAGCCGCCGCCUCCUGGAGCUCCUCUCCUUCGACUCCCUCCUCUCUCAGUGCCACCUGGCUGGACCUCGGGUGAUCAACGACACCUUGGUGUGGGGGAGGCUGGAGAGCUGCAUCAAAGGAGCAGACGAGGAGACGAUCGCAAGGUUCUUCAGCCACGUCCUCCUCAACCUGGUUGGGGUCCUGCGAUCUCUUGCUCCUUCGCUUCCUCCUCCUGCGGAGGGCGGCAGGGAGCUUGUCGAGAUGACCGUGUUCUACCUUUCUCUUGCUGAGACGAUGAUGAGGAGGGUGCUGGAGAGUCUGAGGGAGGAGGCGACGGCGCCGGCGGUUAAGGCGAGGAGGAGGAAGGAGGGAGGACUGAAGUCGGCCGUCUCCGAGGUCAGGAGCAAGUAUGACAUGCUGGGUAGCAUGUGCGAGCGGAUCUUGUCAACGAGGGUGUUGCAGGAGGUGUACGGGAGGGUGAGGGAGAGGAGGAGGAGGGAGCGAGAGGAGGGGAACAUGCAGCAGUUGAUGCAUGCAGUCAACUCGAUCUUGGUGCUCUCGUGCUCCGUCCGAUGGCCGGCAGGCAGCGGCGCGUCUGCCGCAGUCUCCUCUGCUGCUGCUCCUUACAUGCAGUGUGUUUGCGAUGCUGCUUGCUUGCACAUCGAACAUCAACAGGGUGGUGAGGAGAAGAAGAAGAGGAGGAAGAAGCAGGAGGAAGAGGAGGAAGAGGAGGAGGAUAAAGGUGAUGCGGGCAAUAUGGUUUUGAGCUCUCUCAAGCAGUUGUGGUCUUGUCUGCCACUUGCUCAUGCUCGUCGCAUCGUGAACAAGUUUGUGAGCGGGAGGAUGAAAGGCCAGCAUGGCGAGGAGCAGACUGAGAUGCUGUAUUUGAUCUGCCAUCUCCUGACUCAGCGGCUGAGCAUCAACGGCGUUCCACUCACCAACAUCAGAACCAUCUUCAACUUGAUCAAGUUUGCGGCUGGCGAUGAAGACUUCUCCUCUUCUCCUCUCUUCUCCCUCUGGCAAAGUCUCGCUACUUCGCUGAUCAAGUGA